AGACAAAUAUGUUUUCUUUGAAUAUAAAAUCGUUAUUUUUGGGCUGUGUUAUUCUGAUUGCGAGUAAAAUUGCAGUAGUUGAAUCAAGUUUAAUUUCAAAUCUUGGUGGUAUAAUCGGAGAUGUUCUGACAAAUGCCACAUCUUUCGUACAAGAUCCACUAACAAAAACGUUGUGCAAAUUAACAACGGACCAACUCAUAACACAUUAUGGUUAUCUCGCCGAGAAGCAUUAUGUUAUCACCGAAGAUGGGUAUAAUUUGACAUUGUUUCGGUGCAAUUCAAAUGAAACAUCGUCUGGAACUAAGAAAGCCGUGGUUUUACAACACGGUAUUUUGGAAUCGUCCGAUGACUUUACCACCCAUGAUCCGAGUCAAGCCCUGGCAUACGUAAUGGCAGAUGCCGGCUAUGACGUGUGGAUAACCAAUUCCAGAGGGAAUUUCUAUUCUCGCCGACAUAUUUCAUUGAGUCCUGAUCAACGUGCAUUUUGGAAUUUUUCAUGGACCGAAAUUGGCUUGUAUGAUCUUUCGGCGAUUUACGACUAUGUCAUCGAACAGACACAAAAUGAGAAAGUUUAUGCCAUAGGUCAUUCACAAGGCACCACUUCUCCAAUUGUUUUGCUGUCGGAGAAACCUGAAUACAAUGAGAAAAUUGCUGCUGCAGCUCUAAUGGCGCCAGUGGGUUAUGUGGGGAAUUCAGGAGCGCCUUGGCAAGCUCUAUCAAAGAUCCGCAGGCUGCAAGAGCUAUUCAAAGACACUGAAUUCCUUCCAAGAGGAUCUUUUAGUGAACUUUCCUCCGAUUUUUGCAAUGUCAUAGAAGUUGGUAUUUGUGAAGGUAUUAUAAAUGGCUUGUUCGGCCCGAGCGAAGGGGAAACAAAUGAGACAAUGCUUCCCUCUCACCUAUGCCACGUAACAAGUGGCGCAUCACUCAACCAAGCCAUUCAUUAUGGUCAAGAAAUAGAAUAUGGAUAUUUUGGACCAUACAAAACUGGUUCAGAAAUACCACGCGAUUUCAAUUUUUCGCAAAUCACAGCACCGAUGUCGUUUCAUUAUUCACCCGUCGAUACAUUCACGGAUACAACAGAUGUAGAUCGAUUGACAUCCCAAAUCAAGAGUAUUGCAUUUGUUCAAGUUAUUAAUGAGACAAAAUUCAAUCACAUCGAUUUCAUGUGGGGCAUUCAUGCUGCUCCACUGGUGUAUUCAAGAAUAUUGGAAUUCUUUGAAUCGAUCUAAUGAAUAAAGUUCAAGUUCAAAUUACCUUUUAUCGAAUGGUAGUGUUUGGGUAGUGUGAUUGCGUAGUUUUAGG